AUGAAGCUCGCCCUUGCCCUCACCCUGGUCUCCCUGACUCUCUUCUGCAGCCCUGCAUCUACAGAGGUCUGCCUGAACUUUCUACAUGUCGUUGAAAACCUCUUCAUGGGCACGCUUUCCAGCUAUGAGGCUGCCCUUGAACCCUUCAGCCCUGAGGAAGACAUGAAAGAUGCAGGGGCCCAGUUGAAGAUGCUGGUGGAUCUCCCCCAGAAGGCCAAGGACAGCAUGAUAAAGCUCACGGACAAAAUAAUCAAAAGCCCACAGUGUGCUUAG